UUUCACUUCAACAUCAAUGGAAGAAUCAUUUCUGGGCGUUUUAAAGACCCAACCUUGCUGAUGAAGUUCAACUACACUUCUUCUGACAUCUCUCUGUUUCCUUAAAACAGAGGAAAUGGAACGCAAGGUAACAUACAUUGCCAAUCUCUUGCAAUCAUGUAUACACAAGAAAAGUCAUAUUACAAACAAGAUACUACAUUGUCAAAUUUUAAGAAAUGGGUUAUUCGGAGAUAUCUUUUUAUCAAACCGUCUAAUCGAAACAUAUUCUGUGUGUAAGAAUCUAGAGUCGGCACAGAAGGUGUUUGAUAAAAUGCCUAGUAGAAAUGUGUAUACCUGGAAUGCUAUGGUUGGUGGAUUAUCAAAAGCUGGUAAAGCAGAAGAUGCAUAUGAUGUUUUUGUGAAAAUGCCCGAGAGAAAUGAUGUUUCGUAUAAUACGGUGAUUGGUGCGCUAGUGAGGAAUGGAUAUGGAGAAAAGGCGCUGGAGUUGUAUGGUUUGAUGAGAAGACAGGGUUUUGUUGCGUCGCAUUUUACGCUUACUAGUGUUUUGAGUGCAUGUGGGAGUUUGGUGGAGGGUGAAGAGGAGGGUAGGAAAUGUCAUGGUUAUGUUAUCAAAGUUGGUCUUAACUGUAAUGUGUAUGUUGAAAAUGCUCUGGUGGGAAUGUAUGCAAAAUGUGGGAGUAUUGUGAAUGCAAUUCGUGCUUUUGAUGAUAUGUCUUGUCCGAAUGAAGUUUCGUUCACUGCUUUGAUGGGUGGACUGGCACAGACAGAUCGAUUUGAUGAGGCACUGGAAAUGUUUGUGAAGAUGCAUAGAAAAGGUAUUCUGAUUGAUCCCAUCGCUUUUUCAAGUAUUAUUGGUAUUUGUGCUAAAAGAGAAUCGUGUUUUCCGAAUGAGAAUUCUGGGUUCUCAUCUCGUAAUUUUUAUGGACAAGGUGUACAUGGUCUUAUAAUGAAACUUGGGAUUGAGACAAAUCUUCAUGUAGCCAAUUCAUUGAUCGACAUGUAUGCAAAACAUGGAGAUAUGGCAAAUGCUGAGAUGCUUUUUGCCAGUUUGGCAGUAACAAAUGUUGUUUCUUGGAAUGUUCUAAUAGCUGGUUAUGGGCUGCAAGGGAAAGUUGACAAAGCUCUGGAAAUGGUAUUAUUGAUGGGUUGCCAUGGUCUUGAACCAGAUGAGGUCACCUACGUAAAUGCUCUUUCAGCCUGUGUCAAGUCUGGGGACCUUGAAACUGGUCGUCAAAUGUUUGGUAAGUUAUCAAAUCCAAGUAUAACAUCAUGGAAUGCUAUUGUUUCUGGAUAUUCCCAGCUUGGUAACUAUGGGGAGGCUAUCAACUUAUUCAGAGAAAUGCAAUUCUUAAAUACACCACCUGAUCGAACCACCAUAGCCAGUAUUCUCAGUUCGUGCACUGGAAUGGGGGUCCUUGAGUAUGGCAAGCAGGUCCAUGCUUUUUCAAUCAAGGAGAAUCUCCAUGGUGACAUUUUUGUUUCAAGUGGAUUGAUUGAUAUGUACUCAAAAUGUGGUAAUAUUAAGACAGCGAUUUAUAUUUUUGGUAAAAUGCCGGAACGGGAUAUUGUCUGUUGGAACUCAAUGAUUACUGGCUUGUCUCUCAAUUCUUCUAAUGCAGAAGCUUUUACUAUCUUUAAGCAGAUGCGAAAAAGUGGCAUGAUCCCCACUGAAUUCUCUUAUGCUAGUGUGCUCAACUCCUGCUCUGGAUUGGCUUCUUUAUCUGAAGGGAAACAGGUACAUGCUCAGAUUACAAAAGAUGGAUAUACAAAUAAUAUUUUCGUAGGAAGUGCUCUUAUUGAUGUCUAUUCAAAAUGUGGUGACGUUGAUGGGGCCCGUAUAUUUUUUGAUAGCAUGUUUUGUAGAACUAUUGUUGCUUGGAAUGAAAUGAUUCAUGGGUAUGCACAGAACGGAUAUGGAGAUGAAGCUGUUGAACUCUUUGAAGAUUUAAUUCGAUCCGGUGAGAAACCUGAUUCCAUAACAUUCAUUGCAGUUUUAACAGCAUGUAGCCAUUCAGGGUUAGCUGACACGGGAAUGGAAAUCUUGGAUUCCAUGAAACGAGAGCAUUCCGUGGAGCCACUGGUGGAUCAUUACACUUGCGUUAUUGACUGUUUAGGUCGAGCUGGGCGAUUUGUUGAGGCAGAAGUUCUUAUUGAUAAGAUGCCAUUUAAAAAUGAUCCUAUAAUAUGGGAGGUUUUACUUAGUUCUUGUAGAGUUCAUGCUAAUGUAAAUUUAGCCAGAAGAGCGGCAGAACAACUUCUUAAGCUGGACCCACAAAAUUCGGCCCCUUAUGUGCUUUUAUCCAACUUAUAUGCAUCUUUAGGAAGAUGGGAUGAUGCAUUAGCUGUUAGGAAACUAAUGUGUGAACGAGGGAUUGAAAAGAGUCCGGGUUAUAGUUGGAUUGGUUCUCGGAACGGACAAAAUUGUUUUAUGGCUGAAGAUGAUCUUAAUUUAGUUAGUGAUAUAGUUAGAUGAGUAAAUAACAGGACAGUACUAUCCAGGGAAGUACAAGAAUGUAUCAACAGAUGAAACUUGAACUGCCGGAUGAAGAUAUAUACCGUAAGCGGCAAAACAUCAGCUCUUUUUUUGAAGUCUCCACGAAUUACGCAAUUUCAUAGACUCCGGGCUGUCUUUUCUAAGAAGAUUUAGAGUGUCGCUUACUUAGCACAAAAUCACAAGAUAUAUGUAUCAACAGAUGAAACUUGAACUGCCGGAUGAAGAUAUAUACCGUAAGCGGCAAAACAUCAGCUCUUUUUUUCAAGUCUCCACGAAUUACGCAAUUUCAUAGACUCCGGGCUGUCUUUUCUAAGAAGAUUUAGAGUGUCGCUUACUUAGCACAAAAUCACAAGAUAUAUGUGCAUUUGGGUUAAGAGCUUGUGAAUAACUCAGGCAUCUGCCAACUUUGUCUACGAAGGAUAGCCACAUUCUCUCUUCCAGCUUCCGCAUCAGAUAUAUCUCCAAGAAACUCCUGGAAAAGCAUAUUGAACUAUGGUUGGUCACAGAAGCUCAAGUAUGAUGACAGAUCCUCAUCUUGGAGUUGGUGCCCCAUCUUUUAAGUCUUCCAUGCUGGAAAUAUGUUGAUGGCACUCAUUCAAGUCUGCACCAGCACCAUAGUUGGUAAAUACAUUGAAAACCCAAGAUUUCUGUACUCUUUAUGUUCCAUUUUGUUUUUGGUUUUUUUAUCAAGGGAAAUCCUGGUGAAAUAUCUCAGUCAGCAUCUCACUAAGUUAGUUCAAAAGAAGCAGCUUUGAGGGAAUAGUUUUGUUUAAAAUAAAUUAGAAAAACACUGGCAUGGGGCAUCAUAUAGUGAAUGCAUUGUGUGAAUUGAAUGUUAGCUAGUGAGUGAUGAACAGUCUUAUGAACACUGAAAAACUGAUGGGGUUUUAUGUUUUG